AGUUCCUGUUGAAUUUUACAAUCAAUUGUCCUGAACACUCUCCAGCCAUGAGUUCAUCAAGGCCGUACAUAGGCUGUAAAAUAGGGUUAAUUUCGAAAGCUCAAAAUCGUUAUGAGGGGAUUUUGUACACUAUUGAUAAGGUGAACUCCACAGUAGUGCUGGCAAAAGUCAAAUGUUUUGGAACGGAGGGACGCCCUACUGACAGACCAACACCGCCCAGAGAUGAUAUCUAUGAGUACAUCACUUUCAGGGGAAGUGAUAUUAAGGACAUCUCGCUGUGUGAACCUCCAAGAUCUCACCACGGCCUACCCCCAGAUCCCGCAAUAGUACAGUCAGCCAGUGUAGGCUCUCCAGGUGUGUACUCUGCUCUUGGACCAUUUAGCCCCCUAAGAAUGCCCGCCUACAACCAGCUUGCUGCCAGCUCUCUGCUUAACCAACAAUAUGCUGCAGCUCUUGGCCUUGGGUCUGUACUUCCAGGUUUACACAGCAGAAGAGGCCCAAUGGUGGAAAAGGCUGUUCAAACCCUCCAUGUGGACAGAUCCAGGCAGAGGGGAGGCUUGACUGCAUCUGAGGAGCGUGCACAGCAGUGGGAGAGAAUGAGGCCCCAGAGGCCCAGAGUAGAGAGUUCCCAGACCAGAAGGGGCACCGGAGCCAGCAUGAAGUCAGGCCCGGGUGUACCCAAUGCUCGGCCGGAAACUCGGCAGCAGAAUUAUGAAAACAGGCCACCACCUAGAGGAAGACAAGCUUGGCGGCGCAGAAACCGUAGUAGAGGCCAGCUGAUGUCGGCUCACGUGCCAUCUGCCAUCCUUAAGUUUGACACAGACUUUGAUUUUGAUUCUUCGAAUGCACAGUUUAUUAAGGAGGAGCUGGAGAGGGAGGUGCGGGACAUGAUUAAAGAUGGAAAUCAUGAGGUGACGGCGAAGGAAAAGGAGGGAUUGCACUCGACUGCAGAGGAUAAUCUCUUUGGCCCAAAGUGCUACUACGACAAAACAAAGUCUUUCUAUGACAACAUCUCUUCGGAUAAUAAGUUCAGACUAACAUGGGCGGAGGAGCGGAAGCGCAAUCUGGAGACUUUUGGGGUCCCUGGGCGGUUCCUGAGGGGCCAAGGCUUCAGAGGUGGCUACACUGGACGCAGAGGACGGGGCAGUGCUCAGACUGAAUCUUCCUACAGAACCAGGAGUGCACAGCUGUAGAGGUCUGAUAUUGAGGGGCACUAAAGCAACACCAUCCUCCUAUGAUGAUGGCUUCCUCGUGUGUAACAAAUGGGACUGUUGCCCAUUAUGAUAAGCAAAAGCAGCUGUUACAUAUUUUUUUUUUUUUUUUUAUUUGAUUUUUUUUUCUCCCUGAGGCUGUUAUCCUGCCCCAUUUUGCCAGGAUUGUAUUUUUAUUUAUUUUUUGUCAUAUGGCCCCAUUUUAAAACAUGGAUGCGUGCCUCACUAAAUGGUCCAACGUUUGUGACCAAUUGGUUUCCCCUCAGAAUAUUUCUUUGGUUCUACCAUUCAAUUGAAUGGGGUUCAAGUUUUUUGUUUUCUGCUACUUGGGAGGAAUUUUACUCCCAAACGUGUAUUAGUUUCUGGUUUAAAAAAAAACAAAAAAACAAUCUGGCUUUGGCUCCUGGAGUACAUGUAUACAAAUGAUGUAAACUAUAAAUAUUAACCUAAAAUGAACUGAAAUUAAAUGUAUUUAAAG